GUGUGGGAGUUUUGUCAUCAUAUUUUCUUUUGUGUCUUGACGAACCUAAACAAACACAAAUACCGUCUCCCAUCAUUCCUUACAGUUUCAAACACUUGUUUUUCUUCUCUCUUCUCCUUUUUUUUCUGUGUGGAUCUACACCCACUAAGCAUCUAUGGAUAAGAUGAGUGGUUGAUGAGCUAUUAUGAUUCCACAUCAGCUGAGUAUAUGACCAAAUUAUCCUUUAUAAUAACUUUGAUGUUAGCCCUAUUCUGAAAAUGGAAAACAAUCAUAGUGCAGCUGGAACACAAGAUAGUUCUAUGAUGAAGUCUGUUGAUCAAAGGGUACGUUCAAAAGCGCGUAAUGACAUAAUGACUCGACGUCUGAAGAAUCGAGAGAGACAACGAAGAUAUAGGGCACGUAAGCGUCUAGAAGCCGAAACAAAGAAGUCAUUUGUUGUAGAAGAGACACCAGCUGUGCAAGUAGAACUACAACCAAACAGGAACCACAACAACAACAACUUGGUCACCCGUAUCUAUUGUAAACGAGAUUGGAAAAAGGAUGCAAGACGAGCCCAUGUUUUUAAGCAUCAACAAAUGAAUGGAUCUAUUGAUCCUCCAACCAUAAUUAGUGUACCUGAGGUGACAUGCUUAGCCAUUGGAAACAAGCCAGAAACAGUUCCAGAGAGGGAAAUUCAGUCUGGAUCUUCUGGUGUUGUUAUUACUGAUACUCCUAGAGUGGUGCUGGGUCGAAGAGAUUGGAAAGCAGAAGCUAGAAGAAAGAAAAACUAGUUGACUCUUCAUUUCUUCUUUUAAAAAAAGUAUUUAUCCCAGUGGACUUUCUGUUGUAUUAUAGACAUUAUAUAAUGUAAAGAAUGCUGGACAAUCGCUGUUCCAUUACCUGGCAAGCUUUGAAAUUAUAAACGCGGAAGAAAAUCUGUCCCUUUUACUAAGUUACUCAUUCAUACUUUUCAUUGCAGAUGUAGAAAGGGCAUUACAGAACAUACUUAGCUGACUUUGGGCAUUUCUUGAUACUUGUCAUGGAUCUAAAUCAGAAAGACCAUCUCCACAGUGAAAAAAUAUUUAUGACAUGCUAUGUAUGCAUGGAGAGUUUUCAAAUUUUCA